AGAUCUUUCAAACAGACCAUUCACUUAAGUUACCGUGACUAGGAUCUGACUAGAGUUCAAAGCAGUUAGACGAUGGCAUUCAAAUUCCUCGCAGUUUUCGCUCUUCUGGCCGUUGCCAGCGCCCAACACUAUGAUCCACAUUACUAUCAGCCACAGUAUCAAGCACCAACCCUGGUCAAGACUGUCCAGCCAGCCAUCGUUAAGACUAUUCAGCCAGCUCUAGUCAAGACCGUCAAACACAUUGAAUAUCCAGAUUCACCUGCUCAAUAUCAGUUCCAGUACUCAGUGCACGAUGAACAUACCGGUGACAUUAAGAGCCAACAGGAGGAACGUAACGGUGAUGAUGUGAAGGGACAGUACACCUUAAUCGAUGCCGACGGUCACCGCCGGAUCGUUGACUACACCGCCGACGAGCAUAACGGAUUCAAUGCCGUCGUUCGUCGUGAACCACUGGAGGGACACAAGAUCGUCAAGACUUUGGCACCGGUGGCCAAGGUUGUUGCUCCAAUCCCAAUCGCCAAGGUGUACAGUCCAGUUGCUAAGGUGCACUAUAGUCAGCCUGAACCCGCCCCACAGGUGCACUACAGCCAUCCAGAACCACACUACUCGCAUUACUAGACGAAUUCGAUAGGCCAUAAUUAGCAAUGAUCA